GUGUGUAUUAUUUUUUCCGGUCUAAACCUGCGUCCUACAAAUAUCAAACGGCAUUCCACAAUAUUUCUUGAAGCUAGCGUUACGUGUCAAAGAAUAAUGUUUACCUCUCAGACCUCCUCCUUUCAGGAUUCAAUUGACGUGGACGAAAAGGAUGAUUUUGACAAUGAAGAGAUAACAGGAUAUAAUCAAAAACAACUGAACUGUUACUACACCAUUUACCUUUACCAAGGCACCAGAUCUGAGGCAACUGGAGACAAUGUGGCUUGGAGCCAGAGAAGAACAGAGUCCACUACCAGUCAGGAGGACUUUAGUCUGACACUAGUAGAUAGCAGCUUGCCAUCGGAGGCGGAGCCUGAGCUGCGAUGCUACAUCUCGCGGAGGCUGAGCAAAGGAGCCCUGCUGGGGGGCAUGGGCAACAUCGCCACUGUGGAGCUCAGUGUUCCGGAGCAGGCUGUGGGCUGCUACUGCUGCCUCCUGGAGCAAGAGAGGUCCCCUGAACAGCCUGACGCUGACGGAAACGGCUAUGUCGUGUGUCUCAUGGGAGGGUCGGAGAAAGGCCUCAACCUAUUCAGACUGGAGCUGGACAAAUACGUGCAAGGCCUACAGAGCAGCCUACAGACCCCAGAGAAUCUGGAGACAGAAGUGCGGCCUUACCUGAGCAGGUGGUACGAGGAGUCCGUCAUGCACAUGCACAGAGUGGUUCAGCUGGUCCAAGGAAGCAUCAGCUUCCUGUUACAUGCCGCUCUGAGUCACACACCUGUGGACGUCAUUAACACAGAUGACAGGACCAAAGCUGAUGUGGCCAGGUUCAUCAAGGCCGCCAGUCUUCAGGGUUUAGUCCAGGAAGACAACACCACGGCCUCCCUGUGUAAAGCCAUCUCAGAGGACCCACCCACCGACCUGACCAUAGACUGCUCCACCAGCCCCCCCACACUCUCCAACACCGUCAGUAACCGCUUCUGUGAUGAAUGGAUCCAGGCUUUCCUGAACGCAGCAGAGCGCUGUAACCCCUUCCUCCUCCGACAGAUCCUGGAGAACUUCAAACUCAAGGCCAUCCAGGACAUGAACAGUCUGAAGCGGUUCAUCCGGCAGGCUGAGAUGAGUCACUACGCUCUGUUCCGCUGCUGCUUGUUCCUGCAGGGCUGUGGUAACGGGGACGUGCUGCUGCAGAACGCCCGAGCCGAGCACGCCGGCUUCCCCGAGGCCUGCAGCAUCAUCCGCGUGCUGGACGAGUUCCUCACUGAGCAGGCCCCGCAGGGCGCCCCCGCACGCUAGCGUCAAUGCCACCCGCGUGUACUCCUCCCAGCCUGUAGGGCGGCGAUGUCACGUGCAUUAAGUUCCCUUCAGUCUGAUGCCAACCUUAACCUCGAGAGUGCUUUUCAUUGACUUGUCCUUGUGUAACUACCUAUGGCACUUUCCACUGUCUCUAUGAAGUUCUGCAUGUAUGCUUUCUCCUGUCAAGGUAAGGUAGCUGGUGUCAUCCUGGUAAAUGAGAAUUUUUACCUUCAAUGUCAACGAAAAUGUCUAAAAUCAUGGACCAAGUAAGUUGUUGCUGGAUUCAACAAUAACUCUAAAAACUCAACACUCAAAACAGUUCUGCAUCUACACAAGUAACCAGUAAAUUAUGAUAAAAUAAAGACUUUCACGGAUGUAAAUUAACACACUUAACUAUAAAUAAUUUGUUUGCCUUAUAUUAUUAAGUGUUUAGUUAUUAUUUGUGAGUAUCUAGUUUACAUAUGGGUAUUGUGCUGCAAGCUUGCUUUAUUGUAGAACAACACAAAUCACUUACAAACCUGCUAACAUUUGAAAUGAAUUCAUCAAUUCACACUACAUCUUGUACAAAUAUGGCUGCUACUGUGUAUGAGUGAUGCCUAUUAUAUUUCAUUUGUCAUUUUAAUCUAUGUACGUUAUACAAUGUUCAAGUCAGUGUACCGGUAUAUAAAAAUGCUUCAACCACUUACAUGGAAAGUCUCCAGUGCAGCAUAAUAUAUCAUGGAUGUAUGGGACAGAGCAGGAAUUGUUCCCUCUCAAAUUCAACCCUGUUAAAUUCUUUAGAUAAAUGCAAUGUUGGACUUCCCAAACUAACUCAAUCCAAUGUUACCAAAUGUACUGGUGCAAAGAGAGAGAUCCUUCUCCAGUUGACAUUGGUCUUUGCAGAUAUUGUGUCGACACAUGUUUUGCCUCAUGCAAAGGAUUGCAUAGUUGAAUGGGCUGUGUUCUGUCGCUAAGUAACACUCACUCCAGUACUAUUGAGGUCAGUCUUGUGUAUAAUAAAUAUCAUUGUGAAAUAAAGACUGUUAAUGUGAAAUGGCAUCAAUUUUUCCCUGACUACCUCCUCUACUCUUAUCAGGUGAGUUUGCCAUGUUGGCCGGCAUAUUAGCCUACAUAAGUCAGUAAGUAAUUUUUAUCUGAACGUGAACGAGGUGUUCGGUCUGUUUACAUUUGCAGUAGACCAUGCUGGGACUGUCCUGACAAACCUGUUAUUGUGGAUUUGAAUGCCCUCCAUUAAUCUCUUCAAUACAAAAUGUAUGAUCUCUUCGGUUGCUUGUGUAAUUAAAAGGUAAUAAUAAUAAUAUGGUUCCGUGUUUGUGCUUUGUCUCUAUUGAAAUCCAAUGCAACAAAAUUCCCUUGAUUCAGAUCUGAGAUGAUAAAAAUUGACAUUGCUUCCAUAUAAAAAAAGCAUAAGAGCUACACAUGCCACAAAUCAGAAUUUAAGAGCACACGGUUGUUCGUCCAGCCCAGGCCAAAGAUGGGGGGCCAUAGAAGUGUUUUAGCGUGUGGGGCUCCACAGACCCUCCUCCCUCUGGCCUCACAUAGCAUUCCUCCCUGGUCCGCCAGGCCUUCCCCCACUGGGUCUACGGUCUACUCGCAGGCAGGCCAUCAUGUCCUCUAGAUGUCCUAUAGC